UGGGCAUCAGCUGAUUCUAUGAAAACAUAUGACCAGAUUUGACAAUGCGCUGUUCGGUCGGUAAAUUGACAACAUUGAAACGGAUAUAUUGCUUUAAAAAUUGUAAUAUAAUUAUGAUUUUCGUUCUUUCCUGAUAAAUGUAUUCUUGAAUUAAGGGGUUGUAUUCUCAUGCGCGGUGGUAGUUUUCCCUUCGCGAGAUUUUUUUGUACAGGCUUGCUAAAUUAGCUGUCGCUGGCUCUGCAUGUCCAGCAUUCAUGGUUGUCAAGUGACUGCGAACAGGACAAACCAUGAUUGAAAUCCAAAAUGAGUCAAGACGAUUGCUUGAUACAGAAGAUGGAGAAGAAGAGACAGGAGUGAGGUCGGAUCAGGACGCAUAUCUUGAGUAAGUUUGUUAUUGAUUAUGUUAGAAACAUGUCUGCAAUAAAAGUUUUAACCCAAUAUCUUUGGAGGCCCGAUACCACCUAGCAUGAUGCUGUUCUUUACUAAAAACAUGGUCUCGUUUUGUUGGGUUGGUGAAGUCUUGCAUGUAAUGUUAUUGUUACAAUAGAUGCUGAUUUGUAACCCCACCUGUUCUAUCUUUCAACAGCAAGGUGAAGAAUGAAAAGCUGUUCCUGGCCUCUUUUGCAGCUGUCCUUGGUCCCCUAAGUUUUGGGUUCGUAUUGGGGUACAGUUCCCCUGCCAUCCCUGAACUAAGCACAAUCACUGACCUAAGAUUACGACUAGACGAUGACGAGGCUUCGUGGUUUGGGGUGAGAUAACUUUCUUGUCAUGAGGCCCAGAAUUUUUUUUUCUGUCAUAACCCUACCAGGAUAAGCUUUGAAUCCUGCUAUAACGAGGACUCAGCGUUUUUCUUGGUCAGGCCACGCCACUCUGUUAGGGGCUAACUCAGGGCCCUAAUCAUUCCUGAGUGGAUGAAAAUUGACAUUAGCCACUUAAUUGACCGUUUUUUUUUUUUUUUUCUGUUUUGUAGUCUAUCGUGACGAUAGGAGCUGCUAUAGGAGGUCUACUCGGCGGUUGGAUGGUGGACAAGAUCGGGAGGAAGCUGAGUCUUAUGUUCUGCUCCAUACCUUAUAUCUUUGGUUUUACUAUCAUCAUUGCUGCUCAGAAUGUCUGGAUGCUGUAUCUUGGGAGGGUACUCACAGGACUGGCAAGUGGGGUUACUUCACUUGUGGUGCCAGUAAGUACUAUGGAAUGUCUACUCCUAUGCUAUCUGCUUAAGUUUAAGGUCAGAGAGAGUUACAAUUGACCAAGAUGCAUGACGAUAAGUGUACUAUGUGAAUGCCUGCAUUCUAAUUAGCUUAUUUCCUCAUAUAUUCCUAUUUUACAUAGCACCUCACAUGUUUAAUUAUUUCUAGUGAUAUGCCAUGCUGCAUACUCUUCCUGUGUGAAAAUCGUUUUUCACUUUUCUCUAGCUGUACAUCUCAGAGAUUGCCCAUGAGCGUGUCCGUGGGACACUGGGCUCUUGUGUUCAGCUCAUGGUGGUCACGGGAAUCAUGGGAGCAUAUAUAGCAGGUAUGCCACAGUAGGUGUCCGUUUGUUAGCAGUAUUUGGAUGUUAUGACUUUAUGGUUUUGAAUCUCAUGAGAAACUCUCUGACAUUUUUCAUAUUGUAUCUGGUCAGCAGACAGGAUUUCUGACCAUGUCACUAAGGAUUUCUCAGUGUUAUACAACUUUAUGACAGAGGUUACAACAGUAGUCAUACGGGUAGAGGUUAAUGUUUUAAUGAUGUGGUGCAAGGUUUUUCCAAUCCCAAACGGUAUUGGCAACCAAACCUUGAUAAUCACGUCAUGUCAUGUGAUCAUCAUCGCCAGGAAUGAUCAAGAUUCCACCCUGCUUACUGAGAGAGCUCUCUCAUUUGUGCCUUCCUCCCAAGCCACCGCUAUGCCUAAUCUAGUUACCGACAUGCCAUGCUUGUUUCUCCAGAUACUUUCCUCAAUAGACAGUACUAUUGCAGGCGUGGUAGGCUGUUUUGUCUCAUUAGUGUCUUAUGCUUAGAAGGAAUGGUCUUUGGCUGAGGAAUGUUGUGAGGCAGAGGCUUUUCAUUAUCCCAUUGUCUGUAUAUGCUCUUCUAAUUUUGCAUUUCUUUCAAUUUAGUGAACAGGGGUGAUGGAUACUAAUAAUCAACAUUCUAGAUUUUCAUUGUUCAUGUUCUGGUGUUACAUACAGUGAGGGGAAAAAAGUAUUUGAUCCCCUGCUGAUUUUGUAUGUUUGCCCACUGACAAAGAAAUGAUCAGUCUAUAAUUUUAAUGGUAGGUUUAUUUGAACAGUGAGAGACAGAAUAACAACAAAAAAAUCCAGAAAAACACAUGUCAAAAAUGUUAUAAAUUGAUUUGCAUUUUAAUGAGGGAAAUAAUUAUUUGACCCCCUCUCAAUCAGAAAGUUUCUGGCUCCCAGGUGUCUUUUAUACAGGUAAUGAGCUGAGAUUAGGAGCAAACUCUUAAAGGGAGUGCUCCUAAUCUCAGUUUGUUACCUGUAUAAAAGACACCAGUCCACACAAGCAAUCAAUCAAUCAGAUUCCAAACUCUCCACCAUGGCCUAGACCAAAGAGCUCUCCAAGGAUGUCAGGGACAAGAUUGUAGACCUACACAAGGCUGGAAUGGGCUACAAAACCAUCGCCAAGCAGCUUGGUGAGAAGGUGACAACAGUUGGUGCGGUUAUUCGCAAAUGGAAGAAACACAAAAUAACUGUCAAUCUCCCUCGGCCUGGGGCUCCAUGCAAGAUCUCACCUCGUGGAGUUGCAAUGAUCAUGAGAACGGUGAGGAAUCAGCCCAGAACUACACGGGAGGAUCUUGUCAAUGAUCUGAAGGCAGCUGGGAUAAUAGUCACCAAGAAAACAAUUGGUAACACACUACGCCGUGAAGGACUGAAAUCCUGCAGCGCCUGCAAGGUCCCCCUGCUCAAGAAAGCACAUAUACAGGCCCAUCUGAAGUUUGCCAAUGAACAUCUGAAUGAUUCAGAGGAGAACUGGGUGAAAGUGUUGUGGUCAGAUGAGACCAAAAUGGAGCUCUUUGGCCAUCAACUCAACUCGCCGUGUUUGGAGGAGGAGGAAUGCUGCCUAUGACCCCAAGAACACCAUCCCCACCGUCAAACAUGGAGGUGGAAACAUUAUGCUUUGGGGGUGUUUUUCUGCUAAGGGGACAGGACAACUUCACCGCAUCAAAGGGACGAUGGACGGGGCCAUGUACCAUCAAAUCUUGGGUGAGAACCUCCUUCCGUAAGCCAGGGCAUUGAAAAUGGAUCGUGGAUGGGUUUUCCAGCAUGACAAUGACCCAAAACACACGGCCAAGGCAACAAAUUAGUGGCUCUAGAAUAAGCACAUUAAGGUCCUGGAGUGGCCUAGCCAGUCUCCAGACCUUAAUCCCAUAGAAAAUCUGUGCAGGGAGCUGAAGGUUCGAGUUGGCAAACGUCAGCCUCGAAACCUUAAUGACUUGGAGAAGAUCUGCAAAGAGGAGUGGGACAAAAUCCCUCCUGAGAUGUGUGCAAACCUGGUGGCCAACUACAAGAAACGUCUGACCUCUGUGAUUGCCAACAAGGGUUUUGCCACCAAGUACUAAGUCAUGUUUCGCAGAGGGGUCAAAUACUUAUUUCCCUCAUUAAAAUGCAAAUCAAUUUAACAUUUUUGACAUGCGUUUUUCUGGAUUUUUUUAUUGUUAUUCUGUCUCUCACUGUUCAAAUAACCUACCAUUACAAUUAUAGACUGAUAAUUUCUUUGUCAGUGGGCAAACUUACAAAAUCAGCAGGGGAUCAAAUACUUUUUUCCCUCACUGUAAUAUCAACAACACCGCUGUCUGUGGAAUCCAGAACGUCAUUUGUGGUUCAUUUUCACUCUGAAUGAUCCUACUAGGGUCAUCACGCUACUGUCCUCUCACAUUCCCUACUCUACUAUGUCUGCCUCUGCUUCCCAGGGAUGUUUCUGGACUGGCGCUGGCUUGCAAUCUGCUGCUCCAUCCCCCCGACCGUGAUGAUGGUGUUCAUGUGUUUCAUGCCCGAGACCCCCAGGUUCCUGCUGUCUCAGGGUAAACGGAGGGAAGCCGAGGAGGCACUGCGCUUUCUGAGGGGACCAGACGCCCCUGCAGAGUGGGAGUGUGCCCGCAUCGAGGACACUUCUGACGACCAGGUGAGCUUUGUGUAUUCGCUAGUAAUCAUGAGGUAUAAGACUUGCUUUGAAAAAGGUAUUAUGCAAUUGCACAAUAUAAGGGACAAAGGUAUGGAUUGUGAAAUAUUGAUCAGAUGGGGAGAGAGAGUCACCUCUGUGUUGCACUUAACCAAAUCAAUAAGAACAUGAGGAACAAUCCAAAACUUUUAACCGCAGGAACUCUUGUCUUUACUUGCACGGAUAUGUGUCUGAGUGAGUAUAUCAGCCCCACUACUAUAGGGAAGCAGAGCCGAGAUAAACUUGGCAGCGCUGAGAAACGAUUGUCCGCCACGCUGUGGAUUUAGUCUGAGGAGAAUCGGGAACAAAGAAGCAUGCUAACACAUCUGACUCAUGUUAAUGGAAAUAAGAGGGUUUGGUGACUGUGUGCUUGGUGUUAAAACCAGGGAGGUAGUUUGGGGAUGGCUGAUCUUAAGGACCCUGGAGUAUACAAGCCCCUUGGAGUGGGCAUCAUGUUGAUGCUCUUCCAGCAGCUCACCGGUAUCAACGCCAUCAUGUUCUAUGCUGAGACUAUCUUCGAGGAAGCCCAUUUUAAGGUAAGAAUUGUUAAGUGUUAUUUGAGGUAUUUUGGCUGCUGGAAUGAGCAAUUCCUUAUUUAUUAUUGUAUUUUUUUACAAUUCCAAUUGUUUUAAUACACUGAACACAAAUAUAAAAGUAACAUGCAACAAUUUCAAAUAUUUUACUGAGUUACAGUUCAUAUAGGAAAUCAGUCUAUUGAAAUAAAUAAAUUAGAACUGGGACAUUUUCAGCUUCCAGGAAUUGUGCACAGAUCCUUGCGACAUGGGGCUGUGCAUUAUCAUGCUGAAACACGAGGUGAUGGCUGCGGAACAAUGGCAUGACAAUGGGCCUCAGGAUCUCUCGUCAUUGUAUUUUUGUGCAUUAAAAUUGUCAUUGACAAAAUGCAAUUAUGUUCGUUGUCCGUAGCUUAUACCUGUCCAUACCAUAACCCCACUGCCACCAUGGGGCAUUCUGUUCACAACGUUGACAUCAGCAAACCGCUUGCCCACACGAUGCCAUACACGCUGUCUGCCAUCUGCCCGGUACAGUUGAAACCGGGAUUAAUCCGUGAAGAGCACACUCUUCAGCGUGCAGUGGCCAUCGAAGGUGAGCAUUUGCCCGCUGAAGUAGGUUACGACGCCGAACUGCAGUCAGGUCAAGACCCUGGUGAGGACGACGAGCACGCAGAUGAGCUUCCCUGAGCCGGUUUCUGAUAGUUUGUGCAGAAAUUAUUUGGUUGUGCAAACCCACAGUUUCAUCAGCUGUCCGGGUGGCUGGUCUCAGAUGAUCCCGCAGGUGAAGUAGCCGGAUGUGGAGGUCCUGGGCUGGCAUGGUUACACAUGGUCUGUGGUUGUGAGGCCGGUUGGACGUACUGCCAAAUUCUCUAAAAUGACGUUGGAGGCAGCUUAUGGUAAAGAAAUUAACAUUUAAUUAUCUGGCAACAGCUCUGGUGGACAUUCCUGCAGUCAGCAUGCCAAUUUCACACUCCCUCAAAACUUGAGACAUCUGUGGCAUUGUGUUGUGACAAAACUGCACAUUUUAGAGUGGCCUUUUAUUGUCCCCAGCACAAGGUGCACCUGUGUAAUGAUCAUGCAGUUUAAUCAGCUUCUUGGUAUGCCAUGCCUGUCAGGUGGAUGGAUUAUCUUGGCAAAGGAGAAAUGCUCACUAACAGGGAUGUAAACAAAUUUGUGCACAAAAUUUGAGAGAAAUCAGCUUUUUGUGCAUAAGAAAUAUUUCUGGGAUCUUUUAUUUCAGCUCAUGAAACGUGGGACCAACACUUUACAUGUUGCGUUUUAUAUUUUUGAUCAGUGUAGAUUUAUUGGUUCGAUUAAUUUUUGUCUUAUCUCAUUACUAUUCAUAAGCUGUAAUAUGAUUAUCUAAAUAAUAUAGAUACUAUGAAUAUUGACAUGCCAGUCGGGUUAAAUUUAUUAAAAUGGCAGAUGGUGAUUUUGUUUUUCAGAACAGCAACGUUGCUACUGUGGUAGUAGCAGCAACCCAGGUAGUGUUCACUGCAGUAGCAGCAUUGGUCAUGGACCGCGCUGGAAGAAAGCUUCUCCUCAUCCUCUCAGGUGCAUAUGUCUCACAAGCGCAUGUGUCUGUCUGUUUGUGUAAUAUCAGAUACUUAACUUUCUUCCUCUACUGUCUCGUUUGCUGUAUUGUAGAUUGCUCUCUGUUACUCUUUUUUUGUAUCAGCAUUAGCACAGUACACAAUCCAAAUCUCCCAAGACACCAACAAUUUAAAAAAAGAAAAAAAAAGAAAAAGUAGAUUGUGCUGAUUUAUGGGCGCAUUGAACAAUGUCACGUGCCGUAGUUUAAAAACUGUGGAUAGUUCUAAAACAAUGACGUCAUAUCUGUACUCUUCCAUCUUUAUGCACAUUCACCAUUGUGAAAAUAAAUACAUUUAUCUCUCUCUUCCUCCCUCCCUUUAUAUAUCAAGGAGUUUCUAUGUGCCUAAGCACUGCUGCCUUUGGUGUCUACUUCAAUUUGUCCAGUGAAACCCAUGGUAACCACCAUGGUAACUCCUCAGGACUUGGCCUAGUAGAGAGUCCCCUAUCAGAUGACCAUGUGGCUGAGCUGUCCUGGCUCGCACUGGCCAGCAUGGGCUUCUUCAUCACAGGUGAGCUCCACACUCUCUUUAGUCUAGAAAACGGACUAUUGUUGCCCAGCGAACUGUCCUGACUAGAUUAACAAACGUUUGAAAAGAAUUGUCGGCAAUUCGGAAAGUAGUUCAGACCCCUUCCCUUUAUCCACAUUUUGUUACGUUACAGCCUUAUUCUAAAAUUGAUUAAAAACAUUUUUUUCUCAUCAAUCUACACACAAUACCCCAUAAUGACAAAGUGAAAAAUGUUUUUAAAAAUGUUUGCAAAUGUAUUACAUUUAAAAACAGAACUACUUUAUUUACAUAAGUAUUCAGACCCAUUGCUAUGCGACUUGAAAUUGGGCUCAGGUGCAUCCUGUUUCCAUUGAUCAUCCUUGAGAUGUUUCUCCACCUGCAGUAAAUCCAAUUAAUUGGAUAUGAUUUGAUGACGCAAACUCAAUCGCACACAACACUGCCCUUUCCCACCUGGACAAAAGGAACACCUAUGUGAGAAUGCUGUUCAUUGACUACAGCUCAGCGUUCAACAUCAUAGUGCCCACAAAGCUCAUCACUAAGCUAAGGACUUCCUGACGGGCUGCCCCCAGGUGGUAAGGGUAGGCAACAACACAUCUGCCACGCUGAACCUCAACACGGGGGCCCUUCAGGUGUGUGUGCUUAGUCCCCUCCUGUACUCCCUGUUCACCCACGACUGCGUGGCCAAGCACGACCCCAACACCAUCAUUAAGUUUGCUGACGACACAACAGUUGUAGGCCUGAUCACAGACAACGAUGAGACAGCCUAUAGGGAGGAGAUCAGAGACCUGGCAGUGUGGUGCCAGGACAACAACCUCUCCCUCAAUGUGAGCAAGACAAAGGAGCUGAUCGUGGACUACAGGAAAAGGAGGGCCGAACACGCUCGCAUUCACAUCAACAGGGCUGUAGUGGAGUGGGUCGAGAGUUUCAAGUUCCUUGGUGUCCACAUCACCAACAAACUACCAUGGUCUAAACACACCAAGACAGUCGUGAAGAGGGCAUGACAAUACCUUUUCCCCCUCAGGAGACUGAAAAGAUUUGGCAUGGGUCCCCAGAUCCUCAAAGUUCUACACCUGCACCAUCGAGAGCAUCCUGACCGGUUGCAUCACCGCCUGGUAUGGCAACUGCUCUGCAUCAUACCGUAAGGCGGUACAGAGGGUAGUGCGUCCUGCCCAGUACAUCACUGGGGCCUAGCUUCCUGCCAUCCAGGACCUAUAUACUAGGAAGGCCAAAAAAAUGGUCAAAGACUCCAGUCACCCAAGUCAUAGACUGUUCUCUCUGCUACCGCGCGGCAAGCGGUACCGGAGCGCCAAGUCUAGGUCCAAAAGGCUCCUUAACAGCUUCUACCCCCAAGCCAUAAGACUGCUGAACAAUUAAUCAAAUGGCUACCCGGACUAUUUACAUUGACCCCCUUUGUUUUUACACUGCUGCUACUCGCUGUUUUAUUAAUUAUGCAUAGUUACUUUACUCCUACCUACAUGUACAAAUUACCUUGACUAACCUGUACCCCCCGCACAUUGACUUGGUACCGGUACCCCCCUGUAUAUAGCCUCGUUAUUGUUAUUUUAUUGUGUUACUUAUUUUUUUUAUUAACUCUAUUUCUUGAACUGCAUUGUUGGUUAAGGGCUUGUAAGUAAGCAUUUCACGGUAAGGUCUACACCUGUUGUAUUCGGCGCAUGUGACAAAUAAAAUGUGAUUUGAUUUUGAAAGGCACACACCUGUCUAUAUAAGGUCCCACAGUUGACCGUGCAUGUCAGAGCAAAGUCCAAGCCAUGAGGUUGAAGGAAUUGUCCGUAGAGCUCCGAGACAGGAUUGUGUCGAGGCACAUAUCUGUGGAAGGGUACCAAAACAAUUCUGCAGUAUUGAAGGUCCCCAAGAACACAGUGGCCUCCAUCAUUCUUAAAUGGAAGAAGUUUGGAAGAGCUGGCCGCCCGGCCAAACUGAGCAAUUGGGGAAGAAGAACCUUGGUCAGGGAGGUGACCAAGAACCCGAUGGUCACCCUGACAGAGCUCCAGAGUUCCACUGUGGAGAUGGGAGAGCCUUCCAGAAGGACAACCAUCUCUGCAGCACUCCACCAAUCAGGCCUUUAUGGUAGAGUGGCCAGACGGAAGCCACUCCUCAAUAAAAGGCACAUGACAGCCUGCUUGGAGUUUGCAAAAAGGCACCUAAAGGAACAAGAUUCUCUGGUCUGAUGAAACCAAGAUUCAACUAUUUGGCCUGAAUGCCAAGUGUCACAUCUGGAGGAAACCUGGCACCUUCCCUACGGUGAAGCAUGGUGGUGGCAGCAUCAUGCUGUGGGGAUGUUUUCCUUGAUGAAAACCUGCACCUGCUCCAGAGCGCUCAGGACCUCAGACUGGGGCGAAGGUACACCUUCCAACAGGACAACGACCCUAAGCACACAGCCAAGACCAACGCAGGAGUGGUUUCGGGACAAGUCUCUGAAUGUCCUUGAGUGGCCCAGCCAGAGCCUGGACUUGAACCCGAUCAAACAUCUCUGGAGAGACCUGAAAAUAGCUGUGCAGCGACACUGCCCAUCUAACCUGACAGCUUGAGAGGAUCUGCAGAGAAGAAUGGGAGAAACUCCCCAAAUACAGGUGUGCCAAGCUUGUAGCGUCAUACCCAAGAAGCCUUGAGGCUGUAAUCGCUGCCAAAGGUGCUUCAACAAAGUACUGAGUAAAGGGUUUGAAUACUUAUGUAAAUGUGAUUUUUCUGUUUUUUUAUUUGCAAACAUUUCUAAAAACCUGUUUUUACGUUGUAAUUGUGGGGUAUUGUGUGUAGAUUGAGGGGGGGAAACUAUUUAAUCCAUUUUAGAAUAAGGCUGUAACAAAAUGUGUAAAAAGUCAAGGGGUCUGAAUACUUUCUGAAUGUUUUAGUUAGAGUAUAGUGGGUUUAGUCACCUAUAAGUUAUUCCAUGUGUUUUGAGCUUAAUUUAGAAAUUACUAUUAACCAUAUACCCAUUUAUAUUUUAAGUUCAGAUCUGACAUUUUGCCUAGUGUGAAAUAUGUUUUCUCAUCGUCAUACCUUGUUGUCCAUUCAGGUUUUUCUCUUGGUUGGGGUCCCAUCCCCUGGCUGGUGAUGUCCGAGAUCUUUCCUUCGCGAGUAAAGGGGUUUGCCAGCUCUGUUUGUGUCCUCACCAACUGGGGCUCUGCCUUCAUCAUCACCAAGACCUUCCAGGACCUGAUGGUGAGCUGGUGCUGAUUUGGGGCAUCCUGUGUGGCAGACGUGGGGGAUAAAGGGAUGUUGAGCGGGCAGAUAGAGGGCUUGGCAGGAAGUCAUUUUGCAGUUAUGGUUUGCCUGUUCUUAGCCUAGCAGAGACAAAAAUGUCUAUAUGCAAACUUCAACAUAAUGUUUUAUUACAGAUACACAAACAUUGCUAUGUAGACAGAUAGACACUAAACACCGAACAAGGUAGUUUACUCUGCAGUUCAGGUGCAGUGUCCAUGUCAAGACAAAACACAGUUUAGAGGAUCAGCUAAGAUGUCUGAGGUAAUACUGGUAACUAAGGAUGAAUUUGGGAAUUGUAAUAACAAUCCAUGAAAAAAUGUAUUUCAGGACCUUCUGACCAGUGCUGGGACCUUCUGGCUGUUUUCUGGGUGUUGUGCGCUCAACAUAGUCUUCACCAUCAUCUUCGUCCCGGAGACCAAAGGCAAAACUCUGGAGCAGAUCCAGGCACGAUUCAAAGGGACUCCAGAACAAUUAAGCUACAAUAGACAAACUUAACGCCAACCCCAAAUAUAACAUCAACAAGGACAGAACUACAGUUUCAGGCGUCUCAUGAUACUAUUUGGUCGAUAGUUCUCUGGGUAGUCCUAUCUGGAUGGUCCUUUAAAAUGAGAUAAUCUAUCACUUUCUAUUACUUGAAAAGGUAUAAAUGGUUGUGGCUGACUUAUGCCUGUUAUGCGCUACUCUCAGACUUAGUAGUGGGCACUGCAGUCUGAGCCUUUGGCCUUUUGGGCAUCCUGAAUUAAUGCUGGACCUCUUAAGCCCCCUUUAAUGGUACUUGUACACAUUUUUUCACAGGUGUAAUUCAGUUCACACAUCACACUUGAAGAUUCACUAAAUAUGUGUGCACCGGAGAUAUUUGUCAAUUUUACUUACA